CGAGGUCUUGGAGGCCGAGAUGAAAACGGUUAAUGUGUGAUUCCGUGUGUGUUGUGCACUUAGAGUAGAAUAUUUAAAUUAAAAUAAAGCAGUAGACUUGGUCAUGCUUUUGUGAUGUGCGCAAAAGUGACAUGCCGGUAGAUCAUACUAUUAUACGUUUUAUCGAUCAAAUUAACCGUUUACAAUACACUACUCGUCUGAUUCUAAAGAUUAAAGUUGAAUAGUUUUUUUUAUAUAAUGUUAAAUUGAUAAUUUUUAAUAUUUUUGAGAAAAAAAAUAAUCUGCAGUACAAUAUUGUACUUAGCAAAUUUGAAUUAUCAUGUGUUAGUGAUUCAUUACUAAUAGCUUUUAGUUGCAUGGUUAAAAAUUCUAAUUUAUUAAAUAAUAAUAUUAUUUAUAAAUGUGUAUCAAUAGACUUUGAAUGAGUGAAUAGAUUAUAAAAAAAAUAGAAAUGCCAAAUAAUUCAACAAAUUCUGGAGUACGACAAAAACCUCAACAUGCCUGCAAUUGUCCAUGUCAUCAACAUUGUUCUACCAGAUGUGCAGAAGAUGUAGAAAGUAUGACUGGAGAAAUAGAGAAUGGAGACUUGGCUGUUCGAGAUGUUGCAGAUCUUUUACAACAUCAAUAUGCUAUUAUCACCGGUGGAAAAACACGAGAAGGAUGUCCAAUAAUUACAUUCCCAGACAAUGGAAAUUUUCAUAACAUAAGUGAUUUAGAUUAUCAACGUCUCAUGCUAUAUCUUACUUCAGUUCCUACUCUCCAAGAAGCUGACUUAGGAUUUCAUUUGAUAAUUGAUCGUCGAACUGAUAAAUGGAAUUCUGUUAAGACUGUGUUAAUUAAAAUAUCGGCUUAUUUUCCUGGUUUAGUUCAUAUUGCAUAUGUUCUUCGGCCAGUGGGAUUUUUCCAAAAAGCUAUAUCUGAAGUUUCAAAUAAACUAUUUCGUGAAGAUUUCAAAUUUAGAGUGAUAGUAUUAGCCAACGUUACAGAGCUUUACGAUUUUAUCGAUAAAGAUCAAUUAACAGAACAACUUGGAGGUGAUUUGCCAUAUUGUCAUUCAACUUGGAUUCAAAAUAGAAUUAGUUUGGAAAAAUUUUCUUUGAUGACCCAAGACGUAUCAUUAGCACUAGAUUCUUUUACGCGACGUUUAGCAGAAAUUGAAUUUCCGAAUAGUACAGUAGCUACGACUAGAUUAUUAAAUCAACAACAAGCAGAAUAUAAUGAAUUGAAAGAGGAAAUUUUGACCGCAGCAAGACAUGGUGAUGCACUUUUAGAUAGUGUACGACAACUGAUUGGCAAAGGUACUGCUGAUCGGUUAGGAAAUGUCGCUGCAGUUGAAAGGCUAUUAGUACAGUUGGAGGAAACUGAACGUACUUUCGAUCUUUUUUGGUCACAUCAUAGUUCUCGACUGCGCCAUUGUUUAGCACUUCGGCAAUUUGAAAGUGAUUUUCGAGAGCUGCAAACAAUUUUAGAUCAACAUUUGAAAACAACCGACGAUAUGACUGAAGUUGGUGAAACUCAAGUCCGUGUGGAACAAUUAAUUCGUGAUACUGCAGCUUUUCAACGAAUUUGUAAGGGAGAUAUUGAUCGUGCAGAAGAAGUGAUUGCUGCUGGUCAACAACUACUUUCUGGUCGUCAUCAGUGUCCAACUGAAGUAGUAGAACCAAAAUGCGCUGAGCUUCAGAGAAUUUGUACCAUUCUUAGUCAGAAAUUGGAAAAACGACUACAUACACUUACGAAAUGUCGAGAACUUAUGGAACGAAUUGACAAAGCUAAUACUUGGUGUACUCGAGGUAUUGAACUUUUAGCAUUACAAAAUAAUUCAAUAUCAGCAGAACAAGUGCUUCAAGAGUUAGAGGAACUUGUCGAAGCUGCCGAAGAAUUUCAUAAUCCACGAUGCAUUUUUCAAGAUUCAAUUAUACCUGAAACUAAAGCUUUAGUUGCUCAGGUUUUACAAAGAAUUGAAGACGUAACAUUAAUGUGUGAAAAAAAAAUUGUAGUGCUGAAACAACAAUUGGUAAAACCAGCAAGACCAGUUCAAACGGUUACUCCAGAACCAGCGAAACCGUUACAUCCGUCUCCUCAAAUUAUUAAACCGGGAAAAGUAUUGAAAAAGGCCAAUACGAUGCCAAAAAUGGAAAUGUUACCAAUUGAAGGAGAUUCAUCGUCACCUGAAAGUGAACCUCGGGAUACUGAAGCAUUUCGAUUAAAACGUGGUCAUGUUUUAACAGAAUUAAUAGAAACUGAACGUGUUUAUGUAUCAGAAUUAGGAUCUAUUAUAAAAGGUUAUAAAUUAGAGAUGACCAAUGAGGCAUUGUUUCAUCUUAUUCCAUCGGCAUUAGUUGGAAAGUCUGAUAUUUUAUUUGGUAAUCUCGAAGAAAUUUAUCAUUUUCAUGGAGAAACCUUUUUACGAGAUUUAGAAAAUUGUAUUUCUAAUACCGAAUUAGUAGCUCUAUGUUUUGUGCAAAGACGAGAUCUUUUUUUUAAAUUGUACAGUUAUUAUUGUCAAAAUAUACCAAGAUCAGAAAGUCUACGAGAGCAAAUAGCUAACGAACCGCAAUUUUUGACAACUUGUCAACAAAAAUUAGGACACAAACUUCCAUUAGCCGCUUAUUUAUUGAAACCUGUUCAAAGGAUUACAAAAUAUCAAUUAUUAUUGAAAGAUCUUCUUAAAUACAGUGAUGAACCAUCCUGUUGUACGCAGUUACAGGAAGCUUUAGAUUGUAUGUUAGUAGUUUUAAAGUGUGUCAACGAUAGUAUGCAUCAAACUGCAAUUACAGGAUUUUCGGGAGACUUGAUGGCUCAAGGGGAACUUUUACUUCAAGGAUCUUUUAGUGUUUGGAGUAGUAGCAAAAGAGAACGAUUGCUAAGAUUGAAACCAUCACAAAGGCAUAUUUUUCUUUAUGAAAAAGCAAUGAUUUUCUGUAAACACAGUAAACCACACGUACAUAAUAAAGUGACUUAUCAAUUUAAACGAUGCCUUAAGAUGUCACAAAUAGGCUUGACAGAAUCAGUCAAAGGCGAUGUAAGAAGAUUCGAAGUUUGGUUACAAGGUCGAGCUGAAGUUCAUACAAUACAAGCUCCGAACAUUGAUAUUAAGCAUGCAUGGAUACAACAAAUAAAAGGAGUUUUGAUGUCACAACUUGCAGAAUUGAAAGGAAAACAAAAUAAUGCUUUCGCUAAAUCGACUCACAAACCACUUCGUCAAACGAUUUCUUGGGAACCACAAAAUAUAUCAGGUACUUUACGUACAUUAUCUGUUGAUGGAAACAGUGUUUUAUCUCAUAUGACUGACAUUUCUCAAUCAACUGAAGAUGAUGUUGCUUGGAGUUCUGAAAAUAGUAAUACUGAUGAUGAAGAUGCAUUCUCAGAAAAUACUGGACCAGCUCCUGGUGGAAGAUAUAUAGCUUUAGCUGAUUAUUGCGCCAUGGGUCAAUCGGAAGUAACAAUGCGAGAAGGAGAUCAUUUAGAAUUGCUUAAAGUAGGAUGUGCUGGAUGGUGGUUUGUUAAACUUUUAAAAACUAGCAUAGAAGGAUGGGCACCUGCAGCUUAUUUAGAACCUGUAAGCCGUAAAACUUCUCGAAGCUCACAGUCAGUUAGUAGUCAAGAAGCGAUAUGAAAUAGGCGUCUAACACACUAAGUUUUAACUAUGUGUGUUAGAUAAAUAAAAUUAUUUUUCAAUAUUCGUAGCUUGAAAAAAAAUUUUGAAAAUUAUCAAUAAAGAGAAACUUGAAUAUCAAGUUCGAAUUUUAUUACUACUAUGUUAUUUUAAACAAAAAAUUUUACAUUACAUUCUAUAUAUUUAGUAUUGUACAAAAGUAUUAAUUUAAAAUUCUUAUUACUUGCAAUUUAUUUAUAUAUAUGAUGAC